CGCAUGCGCGAUUUGAGGAAGCGCGUCUGAGGUCGAACUGAGGAGAAUUAAAAUUUUCUUAUAAAUAAACCAAAAAUGCCGAUCGAUUAUGAUAAAGAAGCGUACCCAGAGCCUCCUCGACGUACGCCGGUGGUUGACAAACAGACUAAUAUCCCCAACCCAGCGCUGAUUUUGACUAAACUCUUCUACUACACGGUGGACGUUCCUGUCACCACAUUCAGAGGCAUUAUAGAAGGUUUUCACGAGAAGAACAAGUACCACUACUACCAUCGGCAGUACCGCCGCGUUCCCGAGCUGACCGAAUGCCAGCUUGGAGACUACCUGUGCUACUAUGAGGCGGAGAUGCAGUGGAAGAGAGACCUUAGAGUGGACCAGGAGAUUGUGAAGGUGAUCCAGGAGCGAAUGCGUGCCUGCCAGCAGCGCGAGGGUAACAGCUAUCCGCAGAACUGUGCCAAGGAGCUGCAGCAGUUUGAGGAAGUCACCAAGGCCUACCAAUCACGCUAUGGUGACCUGGGGGCCUAUGGAAGUGCCCGGAAAUGUCUGAUGAAACAGAAGCACAGAAUGAUUGAAGAAAGCCAGAAGCAAACUGCCUGAUAAACUAAAAUAUUUGUCUGGUUUGACAUCAGUUCUCCUGUUGUAUCUAUGUGAAAUUGUAAAAUAAAACGAUUUAUUGUGAAACUAA